AUGGGGGCUCAAUGGUCGCGAAGAUAUGCGCUUGUGCUUUACAGCGUCUGUAUCCGCAAAGCAUUGGGUGGGAAGGUCCUUGGCGACGCCUCGAUUUGCUUUGACCGAGCUCGAAGACGGUCUGCGGGCGUGGCACAAGCUGCGGCAGGCACGGAAAUCCUUUCUCCUGUCUCCCUUGAGCAACGUGUUCAACACCAGCUUCUUGACCCAGCAAGAGCUAGACACCGCGUGGUGUUCCCUCAGCCAGGCCUACGUGGAGGUCUGGGCUUCAUCUGGGCGGCGUGGUGCGGCAGCAAAGCUUCAUGCAUUGCGCUCCCAACAUGUGCAUUUGCACAAGCGAAGAUCCAAGAAGGCAGGUGGGUGGAUGGCUGCCCAAGACCAAAGUGGUCACUUGUUCGACUUGUUCCUUUUUGUUCUGACUUUGGUUUGCUCCCUCUAAACCUGUGCGCCAGAAGCAUUUCUACUUCUCGUUCGCUGUAG